AUGAAGCCAAUCCUACUCGCAGUACCUUUGCUGCUAAGCUAUACGGCAGCUGAAAUUCACCGAGUACCAUUGGAAAAAGAACUCCUCGUCUUUGGCAGUGAUGACGAUGAUACUCGAACAUCCUCACAGAGGUACAUAGGCUCCAACACUCAUCAGAAAGCCUUGCAAGACCACGGACCGGAUAUUCUGGGUCAUGACAUACCAGUUAAGAACCACAGGAACACUCAAUAUUUUUCCACCAUCAGGAUCGGCACCCCUCCGCAGAAGUUCAAGGUUGUCCUUGAUACUGGGAGCGCUAACUUGUGGGUUCCCUCGUCGAAGUGCAAAACUAUUUCCUGCAAAAAGCAUAAGAAAUACAAAUCAGCAUUAUCCGAUACGUAUCACAAUAAUGGGAGUGAGUUCGAGAUAUACUACGGCUCUGGGGGUAUGACCGGCCACGUCUCCGAGGACAUUUUUACAAUCGGCGACCUCAAGGUCCAAGAGCAGCUAUUUGGGGAAGCUACUAAAGUUUCAGGCUUUUCCAAUGUUAAGGCUGAUGGCAUCUUAGGCUUGGGAUUUGCUUCCAUUUCUGUGAAUAGCAUUCCCCCGCCUUUCUAUAACAUGCUCGACCAGAAUCUUCUGGAUGAGCCCGUCUUUGCCUUUUACCUCAGUGACACAUACAAGGGGCGUACUUCCGAGAUUACCUUCGGCGGCGUUGACGAACAACACUAUAGUGGGGAAAUAGUGAAAAUUCCUCUUCGUCGCAAGGCCUAUUGGGAGGUCGAAUUUAGUGGACUUUUCUUCGGAGACCAUUUCGCUGAUGUUGAAGACACUGGUGCUAUUCUAAAUACUGGCUCUUCAUUGAUCGGCUUGCCAUCUGGUCUCUUUGAAACAGUAAACAAGGAAAUCGGCGCGACGCGAGAUUAUCAGGGCAGGUACAUACUGGACUGCGACAAGCGGAGUUUCAUGCCCUCCCUUACAUUUGUCCUGGGUGAAUAUAACUUCACUAUUGAUCCCAAAGACUAUUCUCUCCAGGAACAAAACUUUUGCAUGAGUGCCUUGGUCCCCAUGGAUUUCCCCGGUCCCACAGGCCCCUUGGUUGUACUUGGAGACGCAUUCCUCAGACGGUGGUAUAGUGUAUAUGACUUUGGUAACGGUGCCAUCGGCCUGGCCCAGGCAAAACGCAAAGAAUAA